AUGAGUCGAGGUGCCAUGUUUGGCGCUCUUUUGACGCUCUUAGACAACGCAGCAAAAAUCAAUGAUUACUAUAAUCAAAUCAAGGUUAUCUCGCAGAAAAUCCUGAAUCUUGAAUGGCUCCUGACACCAAUUCAAUUCACUCCCAUUACAUAUUUCGAUCCAACUGUUCAUAGAAUUGAUGAACAAGCAAGGAUAUACCUUGAGAAGGGAUGUCUAGGCAUUCAAAAUAAGGUACCGAUUGAAGUUUUCGCAGAUGGCAAUUGUCUCUACCAUUCGAUUAUCUGUCUCAAUGGCGGAAGAGAUCUAACAGUUAGCGAACUGAGAGUACGAACACUACUUGAGCUUGUAAAAAAUGAUACGUUUUAUCAUAAUCGGUUCCUAUACGUUGUCGGAUCGCUGCUUGACGCUGUCAAAAGUGUUGUUCAUAAUUCUUCAUAUUCUGAACUCUAUGAAAUUGCUGCAUUAUGUAAUGUUCUAAAAUGCAAUAUUCAGAGUGUAUAUCCGAAAAUUCAACACAGAUCAGAAUUGGACAUUAUGAAUAGCAUAUUUCAGUGCGAUCAAAAUAGCUCUGUGUCCAGAACGAUUUUUAUAUUUUGGUCUAAUACACAAAGUGAAAUAUACGCACGAAGUUGUAACGCUGGUCACUGGUCACCAAAUCAUUUUGUGCCACUGUUAGCUUUACCAGACGACAAGACACUCGAGAGUGGUUUUUCAUCACCGGAUAACGCUUUGUCAAAUACCACGCCAACCAAAGCGACAACGAAAAAUAACUUAUUGACUCCAGUGCGUAUUCCACAUUUCACUGACCAUGAGAAUAGAACGGAAAUACUGUCAGCACUUUCCACAGACUCGAUAGAGUCCAAUCAAGAUGCAGUACUUCAUAAGAUUAAGCGCACAGAUUAUCAUGGAGACAAUAGAAAAACCACUAAAGCCGACAGAGUUGAAAAUCCACGAACAAUAACUCGAGAAAAAAAUCCAACAGAAGAAACGACUAUGGUGCUUGAAAAAGUUGGACGGCAACGUGUGCUUGCUCGAGAAAGAAGUGCAGCUAGAAGAGCUGCAUUAUCACCCGCACAGAUAGAACGGCAACGUACUCUUGACCGUGAGAGAAAAGUAGCUACUCGAGCUGCUAUGGCACCUGAAGAGAUCGAACAUCAACGGGCACUUGCUCGAGAAAGAAGUAUGAAUAAACGUGCUGUUGCAUCACCAGCAGAAUCUGAAACACAACGUGCGUUAGCUCGUGAAAGAAGUUCGGCCAGAAGGGUAACCGUGGCGUCAGAAAGUGCUAAACAAUUGGAAACAUCUGGUGAAGAGCUAAAUCGUGCACAAGAAAAUGUUAAUCGCAAGACAGCUGCGACACACGCAAAAACAGAUAGUGUUGAAGUGGAGUGGCCAAAACCUGUGGAUCUAGAGUGCAAGAUAACCUGUUUGAAAAAUUUCAUUCAAUCUAUGUCAAUGAAUUCUCUGGAGGAAGGCAUCUGCAGUAUAUGUAAUAUACGUUGCUACAAGCGAGACCUUCGAUGUAUCCCUUAUAAUAAAAUUCCAUCAAUCGAAUUGCUCAAAGCACAUGAUGAUAUUUACAAUAUAAUCUGUGGCUUAGAUCAAUCGCAAGACUUACAUUCAGCUGAUCAGAACAGCAUGGAUUGCGGUUUAGAAUUAUCGACUGAUCGGUUUAAACAAUCUUCUGAAACAAAAGCAUCAUUUAUUUGCGUGAAUGGUAUAGUUUUAUAUAGAAAAGGACUUCAUCAUAACUUUGAUAGGAGAAAACGUUCCGUGGUUCAUUGCGAUAUUUGUAUGGAAUGUUGGUCUUCCUUGACAAAAGAAAAGAUACCCAAAUUUUCAGUUGCGAACAAGGUGUGGGUUGGUGAUGUACCACCGGAACUUCAAGGUUUAACAAUUCCUGAACAGAGGCUGAUUGCACUUUAUCGUCAUAACAGUUGCAUUGUAAAGCUGCAUUCGUCAUUUCAUUCGGCAUCUACUGCACAAGCAGCAUUAAAAGGCAAUUGCAUAAGCUUUCCUCAGGAUGUCGUUAACAUUGCAACUAGCCUACCACUCAAAUUAGACGAUUUAUGUGAUUCUUUAAAAAUAAUAUUUGUCGGAUCUCGUAUUCCAAAUAAAAAUCAAUUGAAAAGAAUUCUAACUGUUCGAAAAACAAAAGUAGCAGCAGCGCUUCAAUGGCUAAAAACAAACAAUUCCUUGUAUCGACAUGUUACAAUCAAUAAAUGCACAAUCGAGAACUUACCAGAUGACGAUGUGCCAGAAUGCUUAUGGACAACUAUGCAAAUCUCAACUGAAGUUGACGCUGCCGGAAAUGACAGAGCAGGUUAUGUUCCCGACACUAAUCCUGUUGAAACUGACUUAAAUAAUGAUAAGACCAUUCCACUGUUAACAAGCGGCGUUUUGGAUGUUAACGGUAUCAAUAUUUCCUCUGAUGAUGUAACACAGCACAUGUUGGAACGCGUGAAAGUACGAACACCAGAAGAACUAUUUGACAGAGAUUCAGAAGCAAGCGUUAGAAAAGAUCCUGUCUAUUUAAUUCCACGCGGUAACAAACCGACAAAUGAAUAUUACAACCCAAAUCUUCUGAUGGGUAUCUUUCCUACACUUUUUCCAUAUGGAUGUGGCGCCUUGGAAGAUAACUCAAGAUCUGUGAAAAUCAAUUUACGAGAACAUAUAAGAUACUUGCU